AUUAUUAUAAUAAAUUGUCGUGUAUAAAUUAUAUCAUUGGUCUAAAAAUAUAUAAUCUGUUUUUGUUACUGGGAAAAAUUAGUAAUAGUUUUUUCUCAAAAAAUAAAAAAUAAAUAAAAAAUUUGUAAUAGUUGCGAAAAUUUUUAAUUAAGAGAUUUAAGACUAGUAGUUUGACUAGAACUCGGACUCCUAAUCCAGUUAAUUCUUGAAUUCCAAAUUUUAUCUAUUUAUUAUUUUAUUUAUUAUAUCUUGAGAGUUAUAAUAGGAAAAUAAAUUCUGUUGGAAAGAAUCACUAUAUAUAUAAUCGCAGAGCUGCUCACAAAUCAUUGCUUUGGAAAAACGUUGUUUUGCAUCACAGGUUAUACUCUCUCCUUUCUUUAAUUUGCCCUUUUCUUUAACGCCUAUGUCUUUUUUCUUUCUUCCCUGCAUCAAGAAUUGAUCUUUUUAACUACUUGCUCUGCCCGGAUAUAGUUGUCGUGUUUUUAGUUCAAAUUACACUAUCAACAACCCGACGUACUCUUUAUGUUGCGUUUUUACAAUGAUUGAUACCGUUUUUUUUUUUUUUUAAUAGAGUAGCAUUUAAGAAACCAAUUAUACUGUAGUUUUUGCGUUUCAAUUCUUGUUACUAUCUAAACUUUGGGUUUGUGUUUUUGUGUGAUUUACAUGGUGAUUUAAUUUGUAAAGAUUAAUUAGACUAUUAUUAGGAAUCAUAAUGCUAGAGUUGGUGUUUUAACGUAACAAAAUAAGGUAUAGUAUUUAUUUUUAAUUUUUUAAUGAUGUAAAAUAAGGUAUAAAUAUUAAUGUUCAUAAUUCUUGCAUUAUAACAUUAUUACCAGUUUUCUUAUUUUAUUUGAAGGCACAUUAUUACCAGUUUCUAAUUAAGUGCUAACUUCUGAAGUUCUGAAUAUUGCAGAUUACUUGAGUUGCACAAAAUUUGGGAGUGUUGUUAAUCUCCAUUAAAAGCGCCAUCAUGUUGAACUCGAUAUUAAAUUGCGGGUGUAUGUCGUUUAUUGAAGUUAUAUACGAGACAAUCAGUGAUAUGUGCCGUGAAAUUGAUGACAUAAUGAUCCAGAAUGCUCGUGGUAACGUCAGAGACCAAGUGCAAGUGCAGACAACAGGUGAGAAUGACAAGAAGAAGUUAGCUGUUGCGAUGAAAAAAUUACCACUCUUCGAUGAUGAUAUUCAAGAGGAUGAUCUCUCGGUUUCAUUCAGAAGAGCAUAUGGCCGCGAUAUAUAUGGAAGUGAUUAUGAGAUUCCAAUUAGGGAGACACUGGAAGAAAGUAAAGAGGUCCAAAAACCAUAUCGCAACUGUGAUAGAGAUUUCAGUCACCUCAGUGAAAGUGCCCAAAACAUCCUGAAGAAUUUCGAAACGGAGUAUGUUGAAGACAUAGACUGGGAGAUUGUCAGAUUAUAUGGUGUUCAUGGUGAUAAUAUAUUUUGACUUGUAUCUUAUAAACUUGGGUAA